AUGGCUUUGCUGUGUUUAACAGCGGCUUUGUUUUCGCUCUGUAUAACCCGGGCAUCAGCUCUACACAUCGCUAAUAGCUCCUCUCUGAACUGCACUCAGAAGGAUCUGUCUUGUAAAGCCACUAUAAAUAAUUGUAUAUAUAAAGGAUGGCUGAAACCAAAUCAGUUCACUCCCAGUGGCCCAGUGGAUCUGAAGGUGCAUGUAGAUGUCAAGAUGGACAAGAAUGGAGACUGGGUGCCAGUAAUUAUGGCACAGUGGAAAGCAAGAGAUGAUGGGAGCAUUUCCUUUUUGAAUGGAACUGAACUUCAGGUGAUGGAGGUAGCCAGUGGUGGACACUUGUGCGUCCAUUACAUUUUUCUCCAGAAGUUUCAGUCUAUGAUAAAUGCAAAUGGUGAACUGUGGUCAUUUUCACUGGACAAAGUGGUUGUUGAGCCAGAGAUGGAAUAUUUGGUGUCUGUUGCCAACCUUCCCAAGCCAAACAUAGACCAGACUGGUUACAACUUGUCAAAAACUGUUACUGUGCCACGUUGUACACACCCUUCUAUGCAACAGACUCGCAUCUGUAUUGAAAGAGGAGAAUUCUGGCAGCCCAACAUUACCAUGGUGAAGUCAGGGCCAGAUAACAGGACACUCGAUGUUACUUUCAAGACUGAAGAAAAUUCAGGAACCUAUAAUGUCAUUGUGAGGUGCAAUAAUAGACGAAAAGCUGUGGAUAUUAAUAAGAACAACAGCUCUUCCCUAAAUGUUACCUUUGACCUGGACGCUUGGCCACCCACAUGCUGCAAUUUUGUUGCUCAAAUCCAGCCCUUCUUUAUGAAGUGUGGAAAUGACUGCUUGCGAAAGGAGAGAACAUUUAACAUAUGUAAUCCAGAUAAACAUCCACCACCCACCGAUAAGACUUGGACGAUUUUUGUGGUGCUGUUUAUUGUACUCUGUGGUCUUUGUCUCAUUUUGGCUGUUGGUUUAUGCUGCAGGAAGUGUAGAAAGGAAAUAAAGCCUACACCACUCCCCCCUCCCCCAACUCCUAUAACUACUAAGCAACCAGUGUUGAUUAUCUACUCAAGGGACCACCCCAAAUACACAGAAAUAGUGCUUAAACUCUGUGCCUUUUUGAGGGCUAAAUGUGGCACAGAGGUUUACCUGGACCUACUGGACACUGCUUCUAUCGGAGCCAUGGGCCGCCUGCCAUGGAUCGAAUUUCAGAUGCGUCGCAUAGAGCAGUCCUCCGGCAAGGUGAUGGUCCUGUGCUCACAAGGAAUGCAAGCCAAGUGGGGUGCCAUCUGUGGGGGGCCUCGGGUCCACCUGCGCGAGGACGUCUGCUCAACCAUGGGAGACAUGCUGACCCCCGCCCUGCAACUCAUCACACCCGACAUGCAGCGGCCUGCCUCUCAUGGCAAGUACCUGGUGGCUUAUUUUGAGGACGUAAGUGCCGAAUAUGAUGUGCCAUCGAUGUUUGAUGUGGCAGUCAAGUACAAGCUCAUGAAGCACUUUGAAGAGCUCUUCUUUCGAGUCCUGGAUCAGGAAAAAUAUCAGCAGGGGAGAGUGCACACUAUUGAGGGAAUUGGCAUCGAUGAGUAUUUUAACUGCCCCUCAGGUAAAGCCUUGAGGGAUGCUAUCGAGACCUUCCAGGCCUAUCAGUUAGAGAAUCCAGACUGGUUUGAAAAGGAGUGCCUGGAGAGUGAAGAUGCAGUGGUGGAAUCAGAAGUCACUCCUUUGUUCGACCAGUGUACCCCGUCAAUUCUUCAGUGUGACCCUGUGCUCAACGGCGGACCCUCUGUCUAUGAGUGUGAGGUGGAGAUGCAUGAUAUGGAUCAGGCCCAGAGUGUGCGGACCACUGAAAUACCUUAUCUAAACUCAGAAUUAGAACAGCUUUUUGAGGAGCCAUCUGUUUUGGGUAUCCAUCCAGCACACAACCAAGUGUAUUCCCUUUGUCCUGACAUAGAACCACCUUCUGGUAUCUACACGGUUGGUGCGCAGCCUCCUGGCAUUGAGAGUCAACCCUGGCUCAUGGCUGAACCUGCACUACAGGAAUCGUUAUCACCCAGCAGGAACGGAUUGCACAUGAACAGCCGAUCGCCAGCUGAUGGCUGCUCUGCUGAUGAUGUUGAAGAAGGCCUCGUGCAACUGCAAAACCUGCAGGUCUCGCUGGCAUCCUUUGCCAUGGCCGUCCCUCCACCCUCACUGGACGAUUACAACUACUUGUCUUGGGAUACGCAGCCAUCCCAGCCGGUAGAGAUCGAUGAGAGUGAGGUGGAAGAAGAUGUCUCAGGGAAGAGACCGUCUAGAUGGUCAGAUCAGGGAUAUAGUUCUAGAGACUCUAGGGAGGAGCCUCCUCCAUCCUCUCUUGCAGCUUUGGCCAAAUUACAAGAGGUUCUAUUCAUUAAUAGCCCCAUCUCGUCUGGCUUUGGGACAGAGACAAUUGAAAGUUAAAGGUAUCCGUGGACUGUUGGCUUAUCUAGGACACAGUUUUGUGUUCCAACAGGAAAUUGUGUUCCAACAGGAACACAACUUUUGACCCUUGUAUUUGAGCACAUUGGUAUGCCUUCUGAAGUAUUUUGUAAAGUAAACAGAGCAUCUUUCCAAACUAGCUUUAUCUAUGUUUGAGGUAUAAAGACUGUUUUAUAGUAAGCGCACGGGAGGCACAACGAUACAUUCAGCUCGGGCCACUACCUCUGGAAUUCAGGGUUCGAAUACACAGCUGUGCUAUUGGCUGGUCAGGCGUCUACAUAUAGACAUGAAUGGCUAUGUCUGAGAGAAGCCAAAGCCACACAAUUGAUUGAUGUCUUGUCUAGAGUGUGUUGCUGCAUUGUGCAUAGUGAUUGCAGGAUACUAGGACCCACUGCAACCCUGACCAGAGCAAAGCAUUGGUAAAACAUAAAUAUAACAUAAAAUGACAUAUUUUUCAACAUUACCACAUUUGUUAUUUUUUAGUUUUAGUAUUAAUUAGAGCAUUAAAACAGAAGAAAAUGGAAUGGUUACAUUAUUCAGUUAUAUUUAGUUUGUAAGAAUUCCCAGGCAUGGCAAAAAUUGUAAUAUAUAGUUUUGUAUAUAUAUUUGUUUAAAAAUUUCAAAAUGUA